UUUAUUUUGGAGAUUUCUUUUUUUAUGUCCUGUUGCAAUGUCUGUCCUUCAGUUCUGUGCCCGGCCUCUGGUCCCUAGAGGUAGGAUGAAACAGCUUGGCCGUUUGAAAUCAAGCCGUGCUUAAAUCCAAAAAUGAUCAGCUCUGCUCCACGCAACCCCUGCUCACCUCUCAAGGUUAAGGUGUUUAGUCUUUCUGACUCUGGAAUAUACAACUGCGUGUCUCUGCUUUUUCCACCACGACACGGAAAUGAGUGGGCUGGCUGUUGUUUUUUUUUCUCCCCCUUUUCUGCAAACAGGUGGUCAAAUUGUGUCCUCGAAGCCUUUUGCCCCGCUGAACUUUAGGAUAAACAGUCGAAACUUGAGUGAUAUUGGCACAAUCAUGCGGGUCAUAGAACUGUCGCCACUGAAAGGAUCCGUCUCCUGGACCGGGAAACCCGUUUCUUACUACCUGCAUACUAUCGACCGAACCAUACUUGAAAACUACUUCUCUAGUCUCAAGAAUCCAAAACUCAGGGAAGAACAAGAGGCAGCUAGGCGGAGGCAGCAGCGGGAAAACAAAAGUAAUACAACGACUCCGACGAAAGUCCAGGAGAACAAGGAUUACGGUGUGGAGGAAGAGAAACCCCCCGGAGCCAACGUGGUCAAAAAGCCAUCUCCGUCCAAAGCCCGCAAGAAGAAGCUGAGCCGAAGAGGGAGGAAGAUGGCUGGCCGGAAGCGGGGGCGCCCCAAGAAGAUGGACAUCGCCGGGACCGAGCGCAAGACCAAGAAGAACCAAACCGCCCUGGAGCUUCUUCAUUCUCAAACCGUGUUGCAGACGUGUUCCUCCUCUCCUCAGGAUGCCUACCGGUCACCUCACAGUCCGUUCUACCAGCUACCUCCCAAAGUGCAGCGGCGUUCAUCAAACCAGCUACUGGUGACCCCCACUCCACCCGCACUACAGAAGCUGCUCGACUCUUUCAAGAUCCAGUACAUGCAGUUUAUGGCCUACAUGAAGACUCCUCAGUACAAAGCAAACCUUCAGCAGUUACUGGAACAGGAAAAGGAGAAGAAUACUCAGCUGCUGGGGAAGGCGCAACAGUUGUUUUCUCACUGUCAGGCCCAGAAAGAAGAAAUCAAGCGACUCUUCCAGCAGAAACUAGAUGAGCUGGGCGUGAAGGCCCUGACUUACAACGACCUCAUCCAGGCUCAGAAAGAGAUCUCGGCGCACAACCAGCGGCUGAAGGAACAGACCAAGCAGCUCGAGAAAGACAACGGCGAACUCAGGAACCAGAGCUUACAGCUGCUGAAGGCCCGAUGUGAAGAGCUAAAGUUGGAGUGGUCGACCCUUUCCCUGGAGAAUCUGGUGAAAGAAAAGCAAGCACUGAAAAGCCAGAUUUCUGAGAAACAGAAGCAUUGCUUAGAAUUGCAGAUCAGCAUCGUGGAGCUUGAGAAAAGCCAACGGCAGCAGGAGCUGCUCCAGCUGAAAUCCUGCAUGCUGCCGGAUGAAUCGCCGCCGGCGCCGGCGCCCCGCCAGAAAAGCCACCUGAGCCGUGGGCCGGAGGCCGAUCACGGUCUUUUCCACCUGGAGCUGGAGGGCCCCAAGUUCCCCACGCCUCAGCUCAACGGCAUGAGCCCUGAGCUCUCCAUGAACGGGCAUGCCACCCCUUACGAGAUCCACCACGCCCUCGGGCGGCCCGCCUCCAAGCAGAGCACCCCCCAGUACCCGGCUUCCCAGCUGGAGCAGGAGAUCAUCCCUUGCACCCCAAACCACAGCUGCAGGCAGAAGCCCGACAAAGGGUUGAGUUUAUCCCUGCCGGAUUAUACCCGGUUUUCCCCGGCUAAAAUCGCCCUGCGGAGGCAUCUGAAUCAGGACCAUGUCGGCGGCGGGGGAGGGAAAGCGGCGCCCCAUGAGAACCACCCGAGAACCGAGCCAUUGAAAGAGAACGGACUGAUCUUUCCCAGCCCAGCCAUCCCGAACGGCGUCAAGAUGAGCCCACUAGAAAACCGGCCGGCUUCUCCGGCCGUCACCGAGAAAGCCUUGCGCGCGAGGACGCCCACGAAUCACGGGGAGACCAUCACCAGCCUUCCCAUCAGCAUCCCCCUCAGCACGGUCCAGCCGAAUAAGCUCCCCGUCAGUAUCCCACUGGCCAGUGUAGUCCUGCCUAGCCGUGUUGAGAAGGUGAGAAGCACACCGAGCCCGGUCCACCAGAACAGAGACUCUUUCUCCACGCUUGAAAAACAGUUUGGUGCUAGUUCUCAUAAUGCCACUGGCAACAAGCCACUGACUUUGGCUACCUCAGGUUUUUCUUAUGUGUCCCUCAACGGGACUCUCCCGAACAGCCCCGCCCAGCUUAGCCACGACCAGAGCGCCCUGGAGGACGUGUCCAGCUCGGGGAGCUUGUUCAAUUCCUCCGGGUCCCGGAGUUCCACUCCUCAGCACCCUUUGUUGCUCGGGAUGCCCUCCUCGCGAACUUCCGGGCAAAACUCGCCGGCCCCCCAGCACUCUGCCAGCCCCAGGCUGAACGGGGUCUCCCAGGGCCCGGGAGGGGUGCUCCAGUACGUGGAGGCGCAGAAGAUGUUCGCCGAAGGCGCCCGAGGCGAAUCCCAGCCCGACCCGGCCUUUUCCGACCCGGAAAGCGAGGGCAAGCGCAGGAUCAUCUUCACCAUCUCCCCUGCCACAGGAACCAUCAAGCAUUCCCCCUCCAACAAGCACAGCCCGCUGACGGCCAGCAUCCGGAUGGAAUGUGGCCAGAGCUACCCCCACGAGGGGAAGAAGCGUGGCCGGCGGAAGCGCUCCUCCACGGGAGCCCCGAGCGUGAACUCCGGGGUGUCCCCGAAACGCAAGUCGUUGCCCACGGUGGCCGGGCUCUUUGGGCAGCCCUCGGGAUCUCCCCUGAACAUCAGUUCCAUGGUCAGUAACAUCAACCAACCUCUAGAAAUCACCGCCAUUUCAUCUCCCGAAAACUCCUUGAAGAAUUCCCCGGUUCCGUACCAGGACAACGACCAGCCGCCGGUCUUGAAGAAGGAAAAGCCUCUCGCCCACACCAACGGCAUCCAUUACUCCCCACUCACGUCUGACGAGGAGCCGUGCUCGGAGGACGACCACAACAGCUCCAGGAUUGAGAGGAAGAUUGCAACAAUCUCGCUGGACAGCAAAUCCCCACAGAAGUCAAUAGAAAACAGCCUCGGUUUAGCAGGGAGGAAACCAGCCAGCGAGAACAUCAAUGGCAGCAAGUGGAAAUCUACUUUCUCUCCCAUCUCGGAUCUCAACCUGACCAAAACGAUGGACGGCCCUCUGCCAGUCUCCGCUUCCUCCUCUCUGAGCCAAAACUCCCUGUUUGCAUUCCGGCCAUCGACGGAGGAUGGCCUGCCCCCCGAGGCCAAAGCUCACCUCCGGAAACACGCGGCCGGCCCUGCGCUCGGCCCUGACGGGCUUGGCCUAAACCCCAGCGUUGUGAACGGAUUCGCCUACAACGGCGGGCUGUCGGCCGACAUCAGUUUACACAGCUUUCUCGAUGGUGCUUCGCUCCCGCAUAAAGCCGCUGAGGCGGCGGUCUCGUCAGCCGGGGGCUCCUCGCUGGGCUUCCUGGUGAAGCGGAACAAGGAGGCCUCGGGCGUCUCUGAAGCUAAUCGCUUCUUGAGCAAGCGGCAGCUAGAGGCCCUGGGGGCCGGGAAAGGGGACGAGAUGAACUGGCCGGGGCCGAAAAGCAAGGAGCCGGCUGAGCUGGGGGUCCUUCCCGACAAGGUGCUGCUGCACAACGGCCGGGUUGCCAAAGGACGCGAGCGGGACAUGGAGCCCAAAAACGGGCAGAACCUCUUCAUCGCCGCCACCACGUCCCCCGCCGGGAGCCUCCUCAGCGGCAAAAGCCUUGCCGGGCCUCCCUCUGGGGGGGCGCCAGUGGCGGUCUCGUCCUCCGGCCCCGCAGCUGGCCACCACCCCUUCUUGAACUCGCUGGCGGCCGCCGGCUCCCAGUUCCCUCUGGGUCCUGUGGCUGCCAACGCCUCGGUACUGCAGUCCUUGUUCAACGCCAUGCCCGCUGCUGGCCUGGUCCACGUCUCCUCGGCGGCCACCCGGCAGACCAACUCGCACGCCAUGGGGAGCUUCUCGCCGGGGGUGACCGGUGGAACUGUUGGAGGUAAUUAAGGAUUUCUACCUCAAAAAACCCACCCCACCCCAUGACCUAUGCAACGGACAACCUGGAUCAGUGUCUCUCGGCUUCCACCGAAGGUGCUUCGCCCUGCGCGGCUGAGUGGUUUUCUGCUUUCUUCCUUCCCUGUCUCAUUUUUCUUUUUUACUACUGGACAAAAAGCAAAUUGAAACAAAGACAAUGCAAAAAAGAAAAAAAAAUCUAUCCAGAAAACCGGAGGAAAGAAAAUGCUACUGUGAAUCUUAAGUUAAAUAUAUAGAGAGAGAUAGAUAUAAAUAUAUAUCUUCAACUUA